AAAACAUUCCCUCACGACUUCUCCUCAGGAACAUAGUUUUUAUCGAAAUACGCGUGAUGUCAAUAUGUGAAGCAAUCAACUGGUGAACUCAUCGGUCAACUAUGACCUGAUGGAUCCAGGGCAAGUACAUUUUGCUGCCGACGAGCGCUAAAUCGGGCGGCACUGAUAAGUUCCAAUCCAUUGCAAAUUUUCGUAUUCGUUGCACGCGUAAAGUGAAAUAGACGCCGGCCAGUGGGAUUCCCACGAGCGGCCGUCUCGCUCCUCAUGACGUAGGAGGCACUAACGUCUUUCUUGGGAAGGUCGUUCAUCAAUUAGUGACAUGAUUCAUGACGGCUGCUGGCGAGCUAUCAAUGUAAAGAUUUAAUCCAAACUCGAUCACAAAGGAAUGGACCAAGAGUGUUAGCACAAUUACGACAGAAUGAAUGGGGAUUAUACUAAACCGAAAUUCGAAAAGAACGAGAAAACUGGUAUGCCAAGAUACAUCAUAGAUCGCGAUGUGUACUUACAGGAGAAAGUUAUCAAGGAGACUCAAUACACCGCACGCGAUAAAAGUCUCCUAGUGACAAUAAAAGAUAAUUUCUCACAAUGGAAAAUUUGUGCUGCAAUAUUGUCGUUGUUUCCAUUCAUAAACUGGAUUCCAACAUAUCCAGUAAAAAAAUAUUUAGUUGGUGAUAUAUUUGCUGGAAUAACUGUGGCUGUGAUGCAUAUACCUCAAGGAAUGGCUUACGGAAUACUGGCUGGAGUGACGGCCAAUGUAGGAUUAUAUAUGGCAUUUUUUCCAACGUUGAUGUAUGUUCUGUUGGGUACCUCACGGCAUAUAUCGAUGGGAACAUUUGCAGUGAUAAGUUUGAUGACUUUAAAAGUUGUGCAAACAUAUGCCACAGUUGAACCUAGUCCCUCAGCAGAUGGCUCCAUAGUUGAAUUUACCCCAAUAGAAGUUGUAACAGCAACCGCAAUGUGUGUCGGUUUCAUCCUUAUAAUAAUGGCUAUUCUUCGUUUGGGAACUCUGUCAACCCUUCUGAGUGAUUCGUUAGUGAAUGGCUUCACAACGGCAGCUGCCGUGCAUGUGAUCGUAAGCCAGUUAAAGGACGUACUUGGAGUUUCCGUACCUAAGCACAAGGGUGCGUUCAAGAUCAUAUACACAAUAAUCGAUUUGGGAAAAGCAACACCAAACACAAACUUAACUUCGUUUUUGUUUUCCCUCGGCCUCAUAUUGUUUAUGGUCAUCAUGAACGAAUAUGUUAAACCGUGGCUGAGUAAAAAGUGUCGUUUCCCUCUACCAGCUGAACUCAUAGCAGUGGUAGGCGGAACGUUGAUAAGCAAAUACGCUGAUUUUAAGUCACAAAACGUUAAAAUUAUUGGUGAUUUGCCAGUUGGAUUGCCAUAUCCAGUGAUUCCAAGAAUGGAAUUAAUCCAAUUAGUAUGGGUAGAUGCGAUUGCAAUUGCCAUUGUGAGUUAUUCAGUGGUCAUGUCCAUGUCAUUAACUUUUGCUAAAAAACAUCAGUACGAAGUUUCAGCAAAUCAAGAAUUGUUUGCAAUGGGCGUGAGCAAUAUUUUCGGGUCAUUUUUCUCCUGUAUACCACUGGCAUGUUCGCUAUCUCGAUCGUUGAUUCAAGAGCAAACUGGUGGCAUGACCCAAAUUGCAUCAGUUAUUUCCGCUUCUUUGAUUUUGAUUAUUCUGCUAUGGAUUGGGCCGUUUUUUGAAACGUUGCCAAGGUGUGUGCUUGCCGGUAUUAUUAUCGUUGCACUAAAGGGAAUGUUCACUCAGGCGGCACAGUUGAAGAAAUUCGCCAGACAAGGGAAACUAGAAGUUUGUACCUGGAUCUGUACAUUUUUAGGAGUAAUUUUAAUUGAUAUUGAUAUAGGACUAUUUAUUGGAAUUUGUGUAUCAUUCCUGGCACUCUACAUCAAAGGCUGGCGUUCAUCGUGCGCUCUCCUGGGGAGCGUAUCAGGAUCAAACAUUUACGUCGAUCUCAACUACCACAAAGCAGCUAUACCAAUCCCAUACACUAAAAUCUUCCAUUACCAAGGAUCAUUGAAUUUCGCAACCCGCAACGCAUUCAAAAAGAGUCUAUACGGAGCAAUCGACGUCGAUCAUAGGAAAAUACGUCGCGCCUCAUUAAUUGGAGACAAAAAUGGAGGAUCAAAAUUGCUAAAUGAUUUCCGGAUAUUAAUUAUUGAUUUAUCAUCGAUGUGGCACCUUGACGUUGCCGGCAGUGCAAUUCUUACCGAAAUACUUAAGGAGAUGCAGUUACUUAAUGUGAAGGUGUACUUAGCGAACCCGAUGGACCGGGUCUACGAUACUCUCGUACAUAGCAUGGCGUUAGGGGAGGGUCCGUUUGAGAUUCUUCCAACAUUGCAUGAUGCUGUGCUGUAUGCUCGCUCAAUUGAUAACUCGUGAUCUCUCUUCCUCCGUAAAGUUGAAAAUGACAACGUGUACAUUUUAUAUAUAUUUUUACAAGAGCAUAAGAUCAUGUCGAAUUACUCAAAUCGCAUAACACAAAGUGCCUAGUUGGUUGUACUUAAUUCUAUUUAUAUUUUAGUUGAUGUUGCAAUAAAUGUUACCGAAUUAAUACAACGAUA